GCCAAUCAACAGUGGCGCAGGUUGGCGCGGGGUCAAAGCCGCGGAGGCGGAGCUGGCGCUGCGGCAGGAGGGAAGAUGGCGGACGAGGAGAAGCUGCCGCCGGGCUGGGAGAAGCGCAUGAGUCGCAGCUCAGGCCGAGUAUACUACUUCAAUCACAUCACCAAUGCCAGCCAGUGGGAGCGGCCCAGCGGCGGCAGCAGUGUUGGAGGCAGUGGCAAGAAUGGCCAGGGGGAGCCGGCCAGGGUGCGCUGCUCACACCUGCUGGUAAAGCACAGUCAAUCUCGGAGGCCCUCAUCCUGGCGGCAGGAAAAGAUUACCAGGAGCAAGGAGGAGGCACUGGAGCUGAUCAAUGGCUACAUCCAGAAGAUUAAGUCAGGAGAAGAAGACUUUGAAUCUCUGGCCUCACAGUUCAGCGAUUGCAGCUCUGCCAAAGCCAGAGGAGACCUGGGUGCCUUCAGCAGAGGUCAGAUGCAGAAACCGUUUGAAGAUGCAUCAUUUGCUCUACGGACAGGGGAGAUGAGUGGGCCAGUGUUCACAGAUUCGGGCAUCCAUAUCAUCCUGCGCACAGAAUGAGGGCAGGCACCUGGCCAGCCUGCUCGGGCUGCCAAGCAGCCCAUGGACGCCCUUCCUGCUACUGUCACACAGUAUUUAUUGUUCCUAAAUGGCUGGGAGAGGGGCUCUGAGAUAGGGACUCUGAGCUUCCUGCUCCCUGUUUGACCCCAGUUGGGGCUAUCCUAGCCAGGCUCCUUCUGAAGAAAUUAACUUCAUAAGGGCAAUGGGGGUAUGGAGGCCCCCAGGCUCAGGGAGUCAGAAGUGACCUGACUCCCCAGAUCCCAGAGGCAGGCAGGAGGGCCUUGUUUCUUGUUAGUUAUAUGCUCCGUUUCUCUGUUCAGUUGCAAAAAGCAGACGCUCCACACCUGGUGAUGCAGCAACUCAGCCUCAGGGUGUGAUGCAGCGCCCCAUGCAUCUUCCAUUAAAUCUGGAACCACUGA